CGUAUACUAUAGAUUUUCAGUACUGGCAGUGAAUUUCGGAACGCAGCCAGAAUCGACUCCCAGCAAAUUCAACAGUUGAAUAAGCGCUUGCUAUUAUUGGUGUAUUCUUCUAAAUCUGAAAAUUUUAUUGGAUGAUUUAGAAAAAUAUCUCAACAUGUUGAGUCUGCUGAACGCAGCCAGUGCUACGUGAUUGGAUUGGAUUGGUACUGUCUUGUUGGGUCUCAGAAUCCUCCUAUUCUCGAAAAAUAUCGCAUACGAAAAUACUAGGCAACUUUAUAAUAUAUGUAACGUAUACUAUAGUAUUUUCAUAUAUUUUCGUAUGCGAUAUUUUUCAAGAAUAGGCCCCCUGAAGAUACAAAAAUCCAUCAGACAACACAUGUUAUCAGAGAAAUUUUGAUUAAAAAUUCUCUACAUUACCCAAUAAAAGAUGGUUAAAUGCUAUAUAUGUUGGACAGAACACUGUUCUUCAUUCCCACGACAAUUUCACCGUUUUCCAGUAGAUGCAAAAAGACAAGAACAAUGGUUUCAAAGCAUUGGUAAAACCAUCAAUUAUAAGUAUGCAAGAAUUUGCAGUGACCAUUUUAAAGAAGAUGAUUAUUAUAAUUGCUGUACACCUCUUCGCAUCACUAGAAGGUUAAAGAAGACUGCAAUUCCAUCCGUUUUCCCAGAAAAAUUUUCACAUACAGUACAUUCGGAUAAAAAAAACUCAAUAAUUGAAAUGCAGAUUAACUCAACAAGCAACAUUGAAGCUAACGAUCAAAAUGAUUUAAUGGACAUUAAAAAAGAAUCUAUGGAAAUUCAUGAAAAUGUAUCGAUAAUGGACGUUCAACAAGACUCUACAAUGAUUGUUCGACAUGACAUUUUGACUGAUUGUGAAUCACCACUUGUUAAGCAAGAAAAAGAUGAUACUAAUGGAAGAAAAUUUUCACAUACAAUACAUUCGGAUAAAAAAAGCUCAAUAAUUGAAAUGCAAAUUAACUCAACAAGCAACAUUCAAGCUAACGAUCAAAAUGAUUUAAUAGACAUUAAAGAAGAACCUAUGGAAAUUCAUGAAAACGUAUCAAUAAUGGACAUUCAACAAGACUCUACAACAAUGAUUGUUCGUCAUGACAUUUUGACUGAUUGUGAAUCACCACUUGUUAAGGAAGAAAAAGAUAAUACUAAUGGAAGAGAAUUUUCACAUACAAUACAUUCGGAUAAAAAAAGCUCAAUAAUUGAAAUGCAGAUUAACUCAACAAGUAACAUUCAAACUAACAAUCAAAAUGAUUUAAUGGACAUUCAACAAGAAUCUACGGUAAUUCAUGAAAACGUACCAAUAAUGGACGUUCAACAAGACUCUACAACAACGAUUGUUCGAGAUGACAUUUUGACUGAUUGUGAAUGUGCAUCACCUCUUGGUAAGGAAGAAAAAGAUGAUACUAAUGGAAACAGAAAACAAUGUAAUAUUAGUAAAAUGACAAAAAUGUUUGUAAGAACUGGUAAAUAUAAUAUAGAGUGUUUCAAACAAACCGACUUUAUUAAUACACAAUUAUGGAUCAAAUUUGCAAGAUAUGUUAAAUAUAAUAGAUAUGUACAUAAACUUUUACUAGCACAAAAGAAGCGCUUGGACAAGAAUAUUACAACAAUGAAAUCUAUUUUACAAACGUUAAAACAUGAAAAUUUGGUAACAAAUAAUUAACAUUACAUGCUGUAAAGAUAAGCAAUUGAAAAUUUUGUCCGAUGUUUAUUAAUUUAUAAUAAGAUAAAGAUAUCCUAUAUGUCUAUACAAAGAACAGAUCUCAUGUCACUAAAUUUUUAUUUCACUCUUUCUUCGUUUUAUCAUUUCCUCUUUUUUUCAAAUGUAUUAUUUAUAUGUUGGUCAAUAUAUUUAAGAUAUAAAUUAAAUAAAAAUGAUAUAAAUAAGUAGCUAAUCACGCAAUAAACUAUACAGACAAUAAAAAAUAUCUAAAUAA